AUGAACCGCUAUCUCUUCCUCCUUUUCUCUACUGUGUCAUCUCUUCUCCCCGUCGCAAGCGCCUGCACACCCACGAACACCUCCACCAACUCCGGCUUCAUCAUCGGCACAGACGGGCCCGCCGACCCGGCCACCCUAGGAUACACACUCAACCACGUCGCGCUCCAAGUGCGCAACAUCACGGCAACGCGGUGCUUCUACGGCGAAGUACUCGGCUUCCGCCACAUCUUCACGUUCGCGGAGUCGGAGAACUAUACCAUCACUUAUAUGGGCUACCCGUCCGGCGGGAAGAACGGCACGGGCUUCCAGACGGGUGAGGAGAUGCUGAGGGAGCAGCGGAAUACGGAGGGGUUGAUCGAGUUUAUAUGGGCGAGGGUUUGUACGCGUCUUGUUGCUCGUCUUGUUCUGGCCCCUUGCUACGUGGAUGCGCUCUUCCAGACUGCGAGAGACCCUCAGUUAGUGCGGCCUGAGCUGAUUGUAGUAAAGGACGCCCCGGAGGUCAAUUCCCGCACCAAUGGGUUUAGUCACCUCGGUCUCGUGGUCCCGGACAUUCUGGCCCUGCAGGCCCGCUUGGAUGCUUACAAUGUGCCUAUCUUGAAGAGAAUUGGUCAGAACGCGACACAAGAUCUCGGUAUCUACUAUGGAAUCCGAGCGCAGGGUUCGGCUCUGUCGCCAAGUCUAAAUGCGCUGUUUCGCGGGUUCGUGCUAGCCACGGAUCCGGAUGGGUAUCUGCUCGAGAUCCAGGAGCAGACCUAG